AUGAAAGCAUGUGCCUCACCUUGCCCGCUCGAUCAACUUUCAAUAAUUUGCUUCAAACGAUGUCCAUUCCUUCGUACGUACUUGACAGAAGUAAUACGUAGCGUUUGGUCUUCAAAAUCUGUACCUGCCGAAUGGAAAAAAGCAUGCUCUGUACUUAUUCACAAAAAGGGGAAUACAAAUGACCCUUCCAAUUUCCGUCCUAUUACUCUGGAAUCCAUACCCUUAAAAGUGUUUACCUCAUGUCUUCGCAACGCCAUGUUCUCCUUUCUAACGGCUAAUAAUUUCAUUGAACAAAAGAUUCAGAAAGGCUUCACUCCCAAUUUGUCUGGAACUUUGGAACACACAGCUCAAAUGACAAACAUCAUCAACCAAGCGAGAAUAAAACAACGCUCUGUUGUCAUCACCCUUCUUGACCUUAAAAACGCCUUUGGUGAAGUGCAUCAUAAACUCAUUCAAUCUGUUCUCGAUUAUCAUCACAUUCCUGAACAGAUUAACGAAAUUAUCAAGAGCUUGUAUACUGACUUCAACACCACAAUUAUAACUGCCGAAUUCUCUACCCCAUUCAUAACUGUUGGCCGAGGUGUACUUCAAGGAGACUGUCUUAGUCCUUUACUUUUCAACAUGUGUUUCAACACCUUUAUUCAACACAUUAAAGCUGAUAAAUACCGCCAAUUUGGUUUCAUGACCAAAUUUUUAAAUCCAAUCCAUUGGUUCCAGUUUGCUGACGAUGCAGCCGUUAUUAGCGGUCAAGAGAGCGAAAAUCAGCACCUUUUAAAUCGCUUCUCAAUCUGGUGUCAGUGGUCAGACAUGAUUACUCGAGUCGACAAAUGUAGUACAUUUGGCAUUAAGAAAAGUCUGACAAAAUCAAUCCAAUACCUACCAAGACUCCUCAUUGACAAUAAAUUAAUACCGGCCACUAAAAUAGGAGAGUCUUUCCGAUACUUAGGAAAAUAUUUUGAUUUCAAUAUGUCCGACAAAGAUCACAAACAAGAACUAAUCACCCUCCUUGAAGAUAUCAUGUCAGAAAUUGACCUCAAACCGCUACACCCAAAGAACAAAAUUUUACUCUACAGUCGUUAUCUCCUAUCGAAAUUCUCCUGGCAUUUUACUGUCGCUACCUUAUCAAAAACGUGGGUUUCUGAACACAUGGACUCAGUAGUUAAUAAAUUCGUACGGAAAUGGCUUGAAAUACCCGUAUCCGGAACUUUAAGUAAUGUCUUCCUCACAAGUAAUAAAUUUGGACUAAAUAUAUACCCUCCAUCCGUCAAGUUCACUCAGUGCCAAACAGUCUCUCGUAAAGCCUUAAAAACCUCUCCAAAUGAUUGUAUAAGAAAUUUAUGGAAAUCAACUUGCGACAAUACUAACAUACAGUACGACGUCUACACCUCAACAAAGGAAGUUCUUAAAAGUUUCAAAUCUGCACAAGAGGACAAGCUUCAAAAUCAUCUGCUUCUCCAAGGCUCCUUUUUCUCUAACAUCACCAAGUUCUCGUUGUCUACACUAAACAACCUAUGGUCCAAAUCUCAAUCCAGCUUGCCAAAAAGCAUCUAUAACUUCACCAUCCGUUACAUCAACAACACUCUUGCCACACGCAAAAACCUUACAAAAUGGGGAAUAAUGUCAAACUCGGAUUGUUCCCUCUGCCUCAACCCUGAAACCCUUCUGCACGUAGUCGCGGGAUGCCAGUCAUACCUUCCACGAUUUACUUGGAGACAUGACUCCAUUCUCAAUUUUAUCGCAAAAAUACUCCAACCUGACCACAACUCCACACUAUUUGUUGAUCUUCCUGGAUACAAGAGCCCCUCAAUAAUAACCGGUGACACUUAUCGCCCAGAUCUGCUUCUUUCCAUUUCAAAUGAUUUGUUUGUACAUACUUGA